AUGCUCCUCACUUCCGUCAAGUUUGCCAUCCUCGCGUCCCUCGCGUCCGCCACCACCUGGUGCAGCGCAGGCACCCCCGCGACCACAACCACCCCUCCCACUACCACCACCAGCACCACCCCCGUUGGCACCACCGUCCACCUCAACUGGAACGGCAACGCCAACUGGUGUGUCGACGUCCAGGGCGCCACCUUUGCCAACGGCACGCCUGUCCAGGUCUACGCCUGCAACGGCUCCGCCGCGCAGAAGUGGACCAUCUCCCGCGGCAGCGGCCUCGUCAAGGUCGCUGGCCAGAACCUUUGUCUCGACGCCGGAACCAACCCCGGAAACGGCUCAAAGGUCAAGAUCUGGCAGUGCUACUCUGGCCUUGCGCAGCAGACUUGGUACUACACCAACGACAACAGGAUUGCCCUCACCGGCCAGGGACUCUGUCUCGACCUCACCAACGGCAACGCCGCCAACGGCAACCAGCUCCAGGUCUGGGCCUGCGGCACAGGCAACAACAACCAGGUCUGGACCUCGUCCUCGACCUCUGCUCGCCGCAAGCGCGACCGCCUCGGCCCCAACGCCCGUGCCAACGCCGUCGACCUCUAA